AUGUACUAUCACAAUGAUACCGAGUUCCACCCCUCCUCCUUCCUCCUCCUGGGGGUGCCAGGGCUGGAAAUUGCCCACAUCUGGAUUGGCUUCCCCUUCUGCGCUGUGUACCUGAUCGCGCUCGUGGGGAACUGCACCAUCCUGUUCAUGAUAAAGACUGAGCAGAGCCUCCACCAGCCCAUGUUCUACUUCCUGGCCAUGCUGGCCACCAUCGACCUGGGCUUGUCCACGACCACCAUCCCCAAGAUGCUGGGCAUCUUCUGGCUCGGGCUACGGGAGAUCAGCUUCGGGGGCUGCCUCACCCAGAUGUUUUCCAUCCACAUGUUCACUGGCAUGGAGAGUGCAGUGCUCGUGGCCAUGGGCUAUGACCGAUAUGUGGCCAUCUGCAAGCCCCUCCAUUACUGCACCAUCCUCGUCCACGAAACCAUCGGCAUGAUCGCGGGAAUAGCGGUAGUCAGGAGCUCCUGUAUGAUGACUCCACUACUGUUCCUUGUCCUGCGGCUGCCAUUCUGUGGCCACUCCAUCAUCCCUCACACCUACUGCGAACACAUGGGCAUCGCCUGGCUGGCAUGUGCCAACAUCCGGGUCAACGUCAUCUUCGGCUUAGUUCUUAUCUGCAUCUUCUUUGUGGAUGUGAUUCUGAUCGUGUUCUCCUACAUCAGGAUCCUCUGUGUUGUUUUCAGGAUCCCUUCCUGGGACGCCCGACUCAGAGCCAUGAGCACCUGCAGCUCCCACGUCUGCGUCAUCCUGGCCUUCUUCACCCCAGCCCUCUUUUCCUUCCUCACCCACCGCUUUGGACGCAACAAAAUCCCCGGCUACAUUCACAUCCUCCUGGCCAACCUUUACGUAGUAGUCCCACCCGCCCUCAAUCCCAUCAUCUAUGGGGUGAGGACCAAAGAGAUCCGGAAGCAACUGGGGAACAUCUUCAGUAAAAAAGAUUAA